ACCAAUUGUGUUUUGCAUUCGAUAUAAAAAAAUUGUUGAAAUAGUGUUUGUAAUCAAUAAUUGUUUUCAAUAUGGUUGAAAUGUUAGUACACUGAUAGAGAUAAUGACGAGGCACAUAGUAUUAUUUAUUCAACCAUGUUUGCGUUUCAAAGUUAGUUGCAGAGAAGGUCAUGGUAUUCGCCGGCGUCUAACAUUAAAUAGCUUUUUUUUAAAAUUUAUUUAUAUAUGAAAACAAAAUCAAAACAGAGAAAAUACCAUUCAAUUCAGGCUAGGCUAGGCUGGUCAAGGAAUUAAAUUUGUGUUUGGUGGUGAGGUAAUAAAAAAUAUUUAUUGACCGUUAGAUUUAUGAAAUUAUAAUGGACGGUCAAAUUUCUUUCAAGAAACUUUUUGUACCGGUUAAAUAUAUUUUAAUACACAGUUGUUUUUGUAUUGUUUUACCCCUUAACUAUUUUAAAUAUAAAUAGUCAUGAACAUAUAUUGUUUUACUAUCUUGACCUUUUCUUAACAUAUAUCAUGAAUAUAUUGACCAGUAAAAUUCUCUUUCUAUCUCAAUGGGUAAAAUAGUCAUUAAAUUACACAGAACAAAAAAUGUCUUUUAAAUUCAUUAAUGACAUAAUGAUAAUUGUGCCAUUAAAAAACUCAAAAUAGGAAGAAAAUUUUACAACAAUGGAUUAUAUUUGUUUGUCCAUCAUCAUACAGAAAGAAAAAACUUCUCCAGCGGAGUCCACGCCUUCAAUUCAAAGCAAAGAUGUGCACUUUGGAGAAGAGAGGCAGCAUCUUCAUCCUAACACUCACCGGCGAUGGCGAGCACCGUCUCAACCCAACACUCCUCGAUUCCAUCCAAUCCUCCCUCCGCCGCGUCCGCCAAGAAGCCACCGCCUCCUCCGCCCUCGUCACCACCGCGCACGGCAAAUUCUUCUCCAACGGUUACGACAUCGCCUGGGCCCGAUCCUCCGAUGAGGUCAAAGAGCGCAUGAUCCUCAUGGACUCCCUCCUCCGCUCCGUCGUCUCCGAUCUCCUCACCCUCCCGAUGCCGACCAUCGCCGCCGUCACCGGCCACGCCUCCGCCGCCGGCUACACCCUCGCCCUCGCCCACGACCACGUUCUCAUGCGCAGCGACAGGGGAUUCCUCUACAUGAGCGAGCUUGACAUCAACCUCGUUAUUCCCGCGUGGUUCGUGGCUCUCCUCGAAGCCAAAAUCGGCUCGCCCGCGGCUCGGCGCCACGUUGUCCUAAACGCGGCUAAGCUCACUGCCAAGGAGGCGCUGCGGCUCGGCGUCAUCGACUCGGCUCACGACAGCGCCGCUGAGACCGUUGAGGCUGCGCUCGCUUUAGCCGCGGAUUUGGUGAAGAGAGGAUGGGUUGGACACGUGUACGCUCAGAAUCGGAAGGUCUUUCUGGGUCGCGUGAUUCGAGCCGUUGAAGAUACCUCUGAGAGAAAGUCAUACACUACUUCACGGCUUUAGCCUUUUAGGAUAGGGGCUCGUGUGACAUGAAGACAUUUAUUGGGCCGCUUUGUAAUUCUUAGUAUGUUGGGCUCUGAAGUCCAAUAGUUCAGUGAUUGUUUUAACGUUUUUAAUCACUCUGGGCCUAUUUUAUUUGUAAUAUGCACUGUUGCUUGUUGUACCUUCCUGGCACCCCCAUUACAUUACGGAUUAUAUGGGUUAAAAGUAUAUUUUUAGUAGAUCAAAAUACGAUCAUGUUUAUUUUUCA